CAUGUGAAAGAAGAAGUGGAUUACUCAUCAGUGUCAUUCUAAAGAAAACACAUUCUCCAUCUCCAUUGUCACUCUCCAGUCAGUGGGUAAAAUAUGGCGAGGUUUGUCCAUAACAAGGAAUCUGAGAUCACCAUGGACUAUGUAAAUCUACCUGACGCUUCAGCCAGGACUAACUCCCUACACAGCUGUGCUGGAGGGACUGCUGCAGUGCCUGGGAGAAAACUGUACAGACUGGUUGCUGUGAGCUUUGGACUCCUGUGUAUCCUACAAGUUGCUCUCAACAUUUCGCUGCAUCUCACUAUCGACGCCAGUUGCACAAACCUGACUCAAGAGACUGACAAGAGGGAACUGAUUAACUUUGAUCACUAUUUCCAACAAGGCUGGGUGUAUAUCCGUCCCAGUUUCUAUUACAUUUCUUAUAUCAGGAAAACUUGGCAUGAAAGCAGAGCUGACUGUCUGCAGAGAGGAGCAGACCUGGUGAUUAUCAACAGCAAAGAAGAGCAGGAUUUUACAAGACAAUUCCACAAGAACACGUGGAUUGGACUGACACCACAAAAAAACAAAGACACGUGGAAAUGGGUGGAUGGCACUCCGCUGACCAAAAGCUACUGGGGGCCUGAGGAGCCAAACAAUUUUGAAGGCAAUACCGAGGACUGUGUAGAAAUAAGGUUCUUUGAAACUGAGAACAGCUGGAAUGAUAUACAAUGUGGGGAUCAAAACUUCUGGAUCUGUGAAAAGAUGUUAGCUUUAUAACUCAACACAUUAAACCCUUAAUAGUUUAAAUUCACUUCAUGUUUAAUCUGAAUGCACAAAUUCACAUUUCUCAAAUCUAUGACUUGGAUUUUGGAUGGAGGAAUGAUGUAAUUACAUGUACAUUACAUUACAGUUCAUUUAGCUGACGCUUUUGUCCAAAGCGACUUACAAAAAGUGAAAACAAUCAUGGAUAUACAACUCCGAACAGCAAGAAUCUUGUAAGUACAAUAGAUUCAAAUA